AUGAAGAGACGAGGCACCCAUGUCAUUCCACCGAAUCCCCUCCAAUGCAACCACGCCAGUGCUCUUCCACCCUCCCUGCUCACACCUCCCUGCUCACACCUCCCUGCUCACACCUCCCUGCUCACACCUCCCUGCUCACACCUCCCUGCUCACACCUCCCUGCUCACACCUCCCUGCUCACACCUCCCUGCUCACACCUCCCUGCUCACACCUCCCUGCUCACACCUCCCUGCUCACACCUCCCUGCUCACACCUCCCUGCUCACACCUCCCUGCUCACACCUCCCUGCUCACACCUCCCUGCUCACACCUCCCUGCUCACACCUCCCUGCUCACACCUCCCUGCUCACACCUCCCUGCUCACACCUCCCUGCUCACACCUCCAUGCUCACACCUCCCUGCUCACACCUCCCUGCUCACACCUCCCUGCUCACACCUCCCUGCUCACACCUCCAUGCCCAUCAUCCCUCCUUCCACCGCACAUCACCCGCCACCCCCUUCUCCCGCCGCCCACCUCCGCGUGCAGGCUCGCUUCCCGCGCGCAGUAAGCGCCGCUCGCCGCCUGAUCCUUCCCCCCGUCCUCCGCUUUCUCGCCGCCGCCUGCCCCUUCUUGCGCCUGGCCCUCUCCGCGCGCCUCCGCCUUCGCGUCCCCUCCGCCCGCCUCUCCCCCGCGCGCCACUGCCUUCUCGUCGCCCUCCGCCGCCCCGUCAGCGUCGUCGAAUCCCCCGCCAAAUUCCGCCCCGCCUCCGCCGAUUUCCCCGCCCCCUGCGAUAUCAAAUCUCCGCUCGUGUUCCAAAACAAUUUUGGCGGGAACCUUCCACCCCCUUCCCCCCUUUACCUCGCCCGCGCCUUCCGCGCGAGGGAUGCUUGUCCCCCUUCGUUUCGCUCGGACGCUGCUUCACAGUCAACGGAGCAAAUUGAGCGUCGCGACGGGGUCGUGCUCCCUCUCUCCCUCUCGCUCUCCCACUCCUGCGUCGUGUUUUCCCCUCGUUCCUGUUUUAUUUGCACCACGCACGUCGCCCGGGUCGCGCUGGUCGCCCGGGUCGCGCUGGUAGCGCGGAUCGUGCAGGUCGCGCGGAUCGUGCAGGUCGUGCGGAUUGCGCGGCACAUUCGAGGGCGUGAAGGGGCUGCCAUCUCGAGCAGCAGCACGUGCGAGCAGCUCUGCGCGCCCUACUGGAUGAUGCUGCGCCACCCCACUGCUGCAGAGGCCCUCGUUGCAAGAACACUCAUUGUGUCGCACACCGCUCCUGUGUCACGCCAUAGAGCCCGCAUGCCCCGCCCCUUCGCCGCCUGCACAGCAGCCCUCUCUCUCCCGCGCGCUCCCCGUGCCUCUCCCACCCUGUUCGUCCUGCCACCUCGCACCACCCACUCAGUAACCAGCCUCCCCUGCGCACACACCCGGCACAAUCAGCACACCCAGCACGCGUCCAGCAGGCAAUCCUCUCGCACGCAGCACACACAGCAGUGCCGCAGCAGCAACCACGUGUUUGUGCCGCCAUCACCACCAUCAGCUGUCGGCCUGCUCCCUUCCAGUCGUCAAGCGCACGCAGGGCGAGUGAGUGCCCUCCACUCCCCUCCGCACACCGUCUGCGCCGCCACGAGCCGACAAGGUGGGGGCAUGGCUGGGACUGCUGCCGACGCUGCAGCAGAGCAGCCAGCUGGGCCAAGCGCUGUGGAGGGCGCAGAGGGGACUGUGGCACAGGGGGGAGCAGAGGGAGGCUCCACAGGCGCGCUGGGGACGAGCGGGGAAGGGGAGGGGGCACUGCAGGGGAGUGGGGAGGGGCAGGGGCAGGGGCAGGGAGAGGGGACAGGGGAGGAGGAGGACCCGUUGGUGCAGCACGUGGUGAUUCGGCGCGAUCUGAUAGAGGCGCUGCAGUGGCCGCUGGGGUCCGUGAUCACUCAGGGCUGCCAUGCCAGUGUGGCCGUGCUGUGGCAGCACCGCCACCACCCCAACGUGCUCAAGUACUGUGGCCAGCUCGACUCCAUGCGCAAGGUGACACUGGAGGUGAAGGGGGAGACGCAGCUGUUGAAUUUGUCCAAGAAGCUACAGGAGGCGGGCAUCACGCACCGCGUGUGGAUGGAGCAGCCUGAGAACAUGCCCACGUGCAUCGCCACUCUCCCACAUCCCAAGAGCGUUGUUGCGCCUCACAUGAGGAAGCUCAAGCUGUGCCUUGACCGGCCCAUGGCAUGCAGCCCGCCUCGCAGCACAGCCUUUCUCCAAGGCACAAUCAGCGCAUAUCAUCCACCUCCGCGCGCGUUAUUUGGUCCUUUUCCACGCUCACGUUCGAGCCUCGUGAAAGGAAAUGACGACAUCUUAUGUGUGGAUAUAUUCCAGUCGCGCAAGCCUCAGCAACCGUCGUACAUUGUCGCACGGACUUCUGUGCGAUGCGACUCAGGUCGCCAGUGUUCGUCUCGUCGCCAGAGCCAGCAUUCGGUGAGCGCAGGCGCGACAGCGCGGACGAAGGGGGCAAGAAGCCCUGCCUGCGCGGCGACCGCUGAGCGGCUGCGGGCGCGGAAGGAAGGCAGCGCGCCGAAGAAAGCGGAGGUACCCGCGCCGGGUGCUGGGCGCGCCAAGGGCGAGCUUGACGCAUUCGAGACGUGGCUGUGCGGCGGAGAGGCUCACAGAGAGAGCGUGAAGGGGGAGAAGGACGGCGGCGGCAGGGGCGCAGGCAGACCGCGGGGCGGCCCAGCGCAGCCGCUGACGGCUCCGCAGCGAGCGGCACAACCGCGGGAGCAGAAGUUGAGCGGAGGCGACCGCGCGAGCCAGAAGACGGGGCAGGCCGCCUCCGCUGAGAGCAGGAAGGCGGCGGAGGGGCGCGGGGCUCGUGGCGGAGAGACGCACUCCGCCUCGAACGCGCAGCAGAGCAAAUCCGGCAAAGUGCCGGAUGAUGCUGUGUCCGAUAUGACCAUGCGCCUGUGGAUUCUGACUUACUGA